AUGGCUGCCACAAGUGCUCGUGCGAAGGAACUUCUCGCUCUCGUCGCUCUCGUUACAGAUGCCUCUCAGAUAAUGAUACAAGAGUGGGCGAAGGAAGACUCUUCUGUCAAGGCGGGCGAGCAGGACACUUUCUCCUCUGCGGCUCUUCGCAACGCCCAGCGUACCAUCAUAUCCACCUGUGGUUCAUUCACUGAGCUCGCACAAGUUCCACAAAAGCGGCUUAUCGAAGUCGCUACGGAAUUUUCAGAAGCCCGUGCUCUGCACGUUGUUGCCGAGCAUCGUAUUGCAGAUCACCUAUCUGCGGUCGACCAGAAGCUCGGGAUGCCUAUCUCUGAGCUUAGCAAGGAGACAGGCCUUCAUCCCCAGAAACUUUCACGCAUCAUGCGUAACCUCUGUUCGGCCCACAUAUUUGCCGAAGUUCGGGAAGGAUGCUUCUCCAACAACACCGUUAGUGCAGCUCUAGUGAAUAACGAAUACUUGCGCGCCUACAUCCUUGUUGUUUCUCGGGAGAGCUAUUCGGCCUCGGUCAAGCUGCCACAGGUCCUCGCUGAUCCCGUAAAGGGUUGGUCUACUUCUGCGACCUGUACUCCCUUCCAAGUGGCGUUUGGAACCGACUUGGCUCAGUGGGAAUGGCUCGAGGAGGGUGAGGUGCAGCCCGAUGGAACGGUGAAGCCGCGUCCUUCGCUCGAACUUUUCGGUCUCGCUAUGGCUGGUGGCGAUCGCAUCCUUGGAACGCCACCCUCAUACGACUUUCCAUGGGAGUCUCUCGGUUCCGGAACUCUCGUUGAUGUCGGUGGUGGUGUCGGUGGAAUGUGCAUGGAUCUGUGCAAACAAUACCCACUCCUCAACUUCGUCGUCCAGGACCGCGCUCCGGUAAUUGAGCAGGCAUACUCUUUGUGGGAAGACGAACAACCGGAAGCGUUCAAAUCUGGUCGCGUCAAAUUGAUGCCGCACAAUCUCUUCACAGAGAACCCUGUUGUAGGUGCUGAUGCGUAUGUCCUGCGUCACAUCAUCCACGACUGGGAAGACAACCGUUGCGUCGACAUCCUUUCAGCGCUUCGCCCUGCGCUCAGCGAGCGGUCCCGCGUUUUGAUUGUGGACAAAGUUUUGAACACGACCUUGGGUUGUCCCGAAUUGCCCUCGGCCCCGUUCCCCCUACUUGCGAACUACGGAAAUUUUGCGCGCGCGGCCCACGAGCUCGAUCUUUUGAUGAUGACCUUGUUCAACGGGGCGGAGCGCACUCCAGCGGAGUUCCGCGUGCUUGCCGAAAAGGCAGGGCUCGUCGUGACCCGCAUCUGGGAAUGCCCUGGCAUGGACUACAUCACUGAGAUGAGGUUACCGUCUGCGAGUCAGUAG